UCAAGAUUAUUGUUGCAAAACAGGAUAUGCUUCAAUGAGAAGUUGGAUUCCCACAGUACGGAUGCAGACGUUGGAAAUGGAACAUGAGUUUGACUGUCGCUAGACCUAAAGAGGAAAGAAAAAUCACAGCAAUCGCCACCUGAAUGGAGGGUUUUAAGGAGCUCACCGUUUGGCAAAGAGCCUCGAUAUAUUACCAGGAAAUUCUGGACAAUGGAGAUAAGAGGAUUGAAAACUGGCCCCUUGUGUACUCCCCUGUACCUGUCUGCUGGAUAAUUCUGUGCUACCUGUUCAUGGUUUGGGCCGGACCAAAACUGAUGGCAAAGAAGGAGCCCGUCAACCUCAAACUUGUCUUGAUAGCUUAUAAUUUCACGAUGGUCUGCCUGUCCAUCUACAUGUUCUACGAGUUUACAGUUUCUUCCUGGAUGGCGAAUUAUAGUCUGCUGUGCCAGCCCGUCGACUAUAGCAACAGUCCGCUGGCCUUGAGGAUGGCCAGCGUGUGCUGGCUCUUUUACUUCUCCAAAUACAUCGAGUUCUGUGACACGAUGUUUUUCAUCCUGAGGAAAAAGAACAGCCAGUUGACCUUCCUCCAUGUGUACCACCACAGCACCAUGAUCUUGAACUGCUGGGUGGGCUUAAAGUACACGCCGGGUGGCCAAUCAUUCAUGAGUGGCCUGGUCAACUCUCUGAUUCAUGUGGUGAUGUAUUUCUACUAUGGUCUUGCGGCAUUUGGACCGAGUAUGACCAAAUAUCUUUGGUGGAAAAGCUACCUCACCAUCCUACAGCUGCUUCAGUUUUUGGUGGUAACCAUGCACACCGUUUACAACUUGUUCGCCGACUGUAACUACCCUGACGCCUUGAACUUGAUUGUGUUUGCCUACGCUCUCAGCCUCAUCGCACUCUUCUGUCAUUUUUACUACCAUAGCUACCUCGUAUCAAGGACCAACGACCAAAGGAAAUGUAAGGUGUAAGGAAAAAGGACUUUGAUAUUUGCAUUAAGGGGAGAACGAGCGAGACUGAGCGUAUUCCCCUACGGUUCAUUUCAGCCGUCGGCUCAAAUUAUAUUCCGGCAUGUCGAAAAACUCUCCGCGAUGGACAAAACGUUUUGUAGUGCAUUUGCUUGUUCUUUUGGGCAUCAACGAUUCACAGAAUUGGACAUACAAAGUCAACAGAGAUGUGGUCUGUGAAAUAGGCAAAGCCAAUAAACGUUUGUGUUCAACACUGACAAAA